UUAGUCACCCUACUGACCUCAUCACUCCUUGUAAUCAUUCAUUCGUUCUUCUCUUAAAACACUUAGAUCCCACGAAAUUUCCAGGAAAAAAAAGUUGGUUUUUGGGAGAAGAAUUUGAUCAGUUGGGUGAAAGUCUGCAUUUUUGUGGGUCAGUAUGGAAAAUUCAGGAGCAGGUAGUGAGGUGAACAACCAAUUAGCUGAUCAUCUUUUAACUCAGAGCCUUCCAAGAUUAGAAUCACAGGCUGAAUCAGUUAGUAGAAACUCUACAAAUAUGGCUGCUAAUCCAGAUCCAAGUACACAGCGUGCAGAUCACCUAACUCUUCAGAUACCUCCGAGACACAGUAUUUUCUCAAAAAGUCGCAGUAUCAAGGGUUUCCUUCACUCGCUCAGCUUUAAGAAGAAGAAAGCUCCUUUGGAGGGUGAAAGAAGCCCUCUUCUCAGUUCAGAUAAGGCACCUCUCCCCGAGAGCCCCGCCUUUUCAAAUAUCUUGCCUUGGCAAAAGUGUGCUUCCGUUCCAGUAACACCUGCCUCGUACUUGUCCCCUAAGACACUCAGUGAAAGACACAGAUCAAAUGAAACUGCAGCUAGAGUUGCUGUGUCGAGGUCACUCUCUGUGCCAGGGAGGAAGAGUUACUUCAUUGUGAGAUCUUUAUCAUCAAACUCUGGUGAAAAUCAAGCUUCACAUAGUAAUAGCGAUCAAAUAAGCCCGGCUCCUGUCCACGAGGAUCAAGAGUUUCCCGAAGAAGAAGUGGUGUGCAGGAUCUGUUUGGACACCUGUGAAGAAAGAGAUACGUUCAAGCUGGAGUGUCUUUGUAAAGGAUCACUCAGACUUUUACAUCAAGAAUGUGUAAUAAAAUGGUUUAGCCAAAGUGUAAGCAGAAACUGUGAUGUCUGUGCUAACGAAGUAAAGAAUCUACCUGUCACUUUGCUUCGAGUAGCUCCACCUGCUCAAAGAGAGACCGGAGAAAUGCCCAUAGAUCAGUCAAUAAGUGCCUGGCAAGAUUUUGUGGUGCUCGUGUUGAUUACUACAAUAUGCUACUUCUUCUUCUUCGAGCAGCUACUGACCGAGGAUAUGAAAAACCAAGCGCUUGUGAUUUCUGCUCCAUUCGCUUUCACAUUGGGUCUUACUUCGUCGAUUUUUGCUGUGGUUCUUGCACUUAAAGAGCAUGCAUGGACUUAUGUGGGGCUUGAGUUUGCUCUUGUGGCCUUGAUUCUCCACGUUUUCUACAAUUUGCUUCACUUGUCAGCAAUUUACGCCAUCUUGAUCGCGUCGUUCUUAGGGCUGGGUACGGCUAUGCUCCUCCACACUAUAUACAUACAGAUUUGCUGGUGGUGGUCUCGAGAAGCACGGCCCUCCGAGCUAGUGUGACACCAGCCGAGAGAGAUGAAAUCAGAGAAACACGCCGUGUAUUUCCUUGUAGCCUGCAUGAUGUUGCAGGAACGUUGCCCUGCAGUAAAACGAAGAGGCUAACUGAGGGUUACUGCAGAAGCUCAAGUGCAUAUUGAAACUUUGAGAUUUUCCACUCUAUCAAGGGGCCUACAGGGUAGUGAAAAUUUGUACUGAUAUUAGUUUGACAUGUAGUAGCAAGUGGUAUUGUCAUUUUUGGUGGUGCUGUAUAAAGAAAAAGGAGAUGAUAUUAUCUGUUAUUAUUUGAGUUACAUAUAACUCUUUUCCCUUUA